AGAACUAAAAAAUAUAACUAGUGUCAUAAUGGCUAUGAUAUGUUUAAUUUCAAAGUUGCUUUUCGUUGCAAUAUGUCUUUUUGUUCAUAUGAACUUGUCAUCUGGUGAUUUUUCUAUUGUGAAUUAUUCUCAAGAUAACUUAAUAUCUACUGAGAGAUUUAUUCAACUUUUUGAAUCAUGGAUGUUGAAAUACAAUAAAAUUUACAAGAAUAUUGAUGAGAAAAUUUACAGAUUUGAAAUUUUUAAAGACAAUCUUAAAUAUAUUGAUGAGACAAACAAAAAAAAUAACAGUUACUGGCUUGGAUUAAACGUAUUUGCUGAUUUAAGCAACAAUGAAUUUAAAGAAAAGUAUAUUGGUUCUAUUGCUCCAAAUUAUACAGCAGCUGAACUGUCUUAUGAUGAAGUGCUUAAUGAAGGUGCUGUAAAUAUUCCCGAAUAUGUUGAUUGGAGACAAAAAGGAGCUGUCACUCCUGUAAAACAACAGGGAUCUUGUGGUAGUUGCUGGACAUUUUCAGCUGUUGCAACUAUAGAGGGAAUAAUUAAAAUUAGAACAGGGUAUUUGAAUGAAUACUCAGAGCAAGAACUGCUUGACUGCGAUAGAGGUAGCUACGGAUGUAGAGGAGGUUUCCCUUCGAGUGCACUUCAAUUAGUAACUCGAUAUGGUAUUCACUAUAGAAAUGUUUACCCAUACGAGGGAGUGCAACGUUAUUGUCGCUCAAGUCAGAAAGGUCCGAUUGCAGCAAAAAUCGAUGGGGUUAGACAAGUGCCACAAUAUAACGAAGGGGCUCUCAUACAAGCAAUUGCAUACCAACCUGUGAGCGUCGUCCUUGAAUCAGCUGGAAGAGCUUUCCAAUUGUAUAGAGGGGGAAUAUUUGAGGGGCCAUGCGGAAACAGAGUAGAUCAUGCAGUAACAGCAGUUGGGUAUGGACCAAAUUACAUACUCAUAAAGAACUCAUGGGGUACAGGAUGGGGUGAGAAAGGAUUUAUAAGAAUCAGAAGAGGCACUAGAAACCCCUAUGGAGUAUGUGGACUUUAUUCAAACUCAUGCUAUCCUGUUAAAUAUUGAUGAGGUCAUGGCUUCCAUACUAUCACUUAUAUACAUAUAUAUAUAUAUAUAACUUGUAUACUUACAGUGUGUUGACUAUAAUAAAUUAUAAGAUUAUAAUUUAUAUAUCAAAGUUUGCCGUGUCAAACUUUUAUAGUUCUUGCUAUAUUAUCUGUA